AUGACUACGCGAUCGAAGUCAAGUAAGCGUAACGCGGAGGAGAGUCAACAGGAUCCCGAGCAGGGAGACCGCAACGUACAGGAGGUUCCAGAGGCCGUCGGCGGAGCUACAUUGCAGCCGGCAGAAGUCCAGGCGAUCAUCAAGACCGCCGCUACGUAUUCACCGAGAUCACUUUCAUUCAAAUUAAAGAAGACUGGUGCUAUACCGAAGGUUCGUAAGGUUGCGGUACGGCAACCGCGAAAGAAGAAGGUCCCAGCGGGCGGCGAAGCAUCUUUUCCCGCGCAUCCCACCGGCGAGGCGACCGACGGCCGAGACGGGAGCAACACGCCGUCGUUACACUCGCAUCGGUCGAGCUCUAAGCGUGCGGAAAUAGAUCAAAUUAAAGCGUUGUUAGACUUCGCCGGAGCUACCCCCAGAUCCAACAGCUUCACCGCUGAGGUCGAAGGCUCGCGGAGUAGCCCCGAGGUCAGCGAGCGACCGAGACCAAAUAGCGAAGCGCAGGAGGGGGAGGUGGCGAGCGUAGCGAGCCGGCGACGUCCACAAGCGAGCUAUGGUCUCAGUGAGCGCGAGGACACGUCUGCCUAUGCCCGCGAGCCACAGCCGGCUCCGCCGAGGCAGCAGGCGGCCUACACGUCUACACCACGAGUGAAGAUAGAGCAGCAGGAGCGAGGAAUGAACGACACGGCGUUCAUGAGCGACGCUGCUGCAGCAUUUCAAGCCCUCGCCGAUCAACUAAAGGAUCUUAAACGCCCUAAGCCGCCUAAACAGGUAUACGAGCUCCCAUAUUUUAGCGGCGACACGAGCGAGUGGCAGAUAUUCUUCAAGGCAUACGAGGAAACAACAAAAAGGUACGAAUUCAGUGACUAUGAAAAUAUGGCGCGUCUACGUAAUUCAUUACGAGGGGAGGCGCGCGCCUGUGUACAUCACUUGUUGGCUACGGCGUCAGAGCCCGACUUAAUUAUUAGAAUACUACAGAAAAACUUCGGGCGAAACGACCUAAUUAUAGAUAGAGCUUUAGAAGAAUUGCGGAGAUUGCCGAACGUCGGAACGAGCGCCCUUAAUUUAAAUCAUUUCGCUACAAAGGUGGCAAACAUUGUAAGUACUCUAAUACACGUGGACAAGAAGAACUACGGAGAUAACCCGCUCCUUAUCAGAGAGGUAACUGAAAGGCUAAGCCCACAUCUGAGGUCAAAAUGGUGCUCGUACGCAGCUCAAAACAUGAGUAAAGGCAAAACUGAGCUAACGCUCUUAUCAAAGUUUCUAAUCGAGGAAAGCGACGUAGAGCUGCAGUUUAGUCACGUGAAGUCUAGUUUCAGGAGGCCUACUGUACAGCGCGAGCAGCCGCCGCGACAAUACGCGCCGCCACGAGAGACUCCGGCGCCGCGACACGAUUACAAGUACAGUAGAAAUUAUAAUAAUAAGGUUCAAACUCAGUCACUGACGCACAAGCCCCCCGAGAAAAGCUAUAACAUAACAGAGGUAAAAUCAGUAGAAGUUUGUUUGUGCUGCGGCGGAGUACACAGAAUUAGUGUUUGCAAGAAAAUGCAAGGUAUGUCUAUAGGAGAACGCCUACAGUGGGCACAGGGAAAUCAAGUAUGUUUUAAAUGCCUAGAAAGGAGACACAGCCGUGAGCAAUGCCAGGCGAAGGGCUGCGGCGUAACCGGCUGUCGCUAUGUCCAUCACAAGCUGCUUCAUAGUAAUGAAACAACGUCGCGAACGGCGGGAUACCAAGCACCGCCCCCACCUCGCCCUUGUCCCUCUCGCACAGAGCCGAGCACAGAGGCGUGCGGUACGACUGAUAGCGAGCAGACAACGGCAACGACGGUAGUUAACGCUACAUCGGAUGAGGAGCAAAGUACAGCGGUACUGUUAAAGGUAAUUCCGAUAACUGUGGAGGGCCCGCUGAAGAGGGUCAACACAUACGCCCUUUUAGACGACGGCAGCUCGAUUUCACUGGCAGAACAAUCAUUAAUGGAAGAAGUCGGCAUCACAGGUCCACAGAUUCCCCUGAAUGUGAAUGGCGUUUUAGAUAUGAAGUCGGGGAAUCAAUUUAGUCGCCGUGUUAAAGCAAAGGUCAGAGGUCGUAAUCUGCCAGCCUACGAGGUCACGUUUAAAACAGUAGAGUAUCUCGGACUACGUAAACAAACAAUCCGUGAUGACGUUAUGAACUGCAAGCAUAUUGUUGAUUUUAAAAAGGAUGCCUGUUAUGACGGCACAGUGAGGCCAAGACUAUUAAUAGGGUCUGAUCAUUGGUAUUUAACUAUUCCAGAGGAGGUGCGAGUGGGUGAGAAGGACGAGCCCGCUUUAGUACGCUGUCGUCUCGGAUGGGUGGUCUACGGAACUACACCUGCCCACUUCAUGCGACUACUCGCUGAAGAAGAAGAAUACUCAGCACUGCACUGCCAUGAGGAGGAGGUCGAGCUGCACGACUUAGUAAAGUCGCAUUUCGAGAUGGAUUCACUAGGUAUAAAAAAUUUAAAUAAAAGUAACCCGGCAGAGCAACGAGCGGUCGAGAUCUUCAACCAAACCUGUAAGAAAAUUGAAUCAAAUAGGUACGAGGUCGGUCAGCUGUGGCGCAAGGACGACACAACGAUGCCACCAAGCUACACCAAUGCAAUAAGGAGGCUUCAUUCAACCGAGAGAAAAAUGAAACGAGACCAGGACUACUCGGAGGCAUAUAAGGCUCAAAUAAAAAAUCUGGUAGACAAGGGUUAUGCCGAAAAGGUCAACGAACGCCAGACGGAGAGUGAUUUGACCUUUUAUUUACCACAUUUUGGAGUGACUAACGUCAAUAAACCAGGCAAGUUAAGGCUAGUUUUUGAUGCUGCGGCAAAGGUUAAUGGUCAAAGUUUGAACGACCACAUUUUAGAGGGCCCCGAUCUACUACAGUCUUUACCAGGAAUAUUAUACAGGUUUAGAGAAGGGCAAUACGCAGUCGUCGCAGACAUCGCCGAAAUGUUCCUGCAAGUAAGGAUACGUAAGGAGGAUCAGCCGAGUCAGUUAUUUUUAUGGAGGGAGAAUAAUAAGAGCGUUCCUGAGGUUUAUAAGAUGAAUAGUAUGAUUUUCGGAGCAGCUUCGAGCCCGUUUUUGGCACAUUGCGUGCGAAAUAAGAAUGCACUAGAUAACGCAAAAGAAUUCCUUGUUGAAUUAGCUGUUGAGGAAAUAACUACUAACCAUUACAUGGAUGAUUUUGUAGCAAGUUUUAAAAAUGAAUCUGCUUUGGUUUCCAGCUCCCUGCAAGUAGCCGAGUGCCACGAGCGUGGCGGCUUCCAGCUUCGCGGGUGGUGCUCGAACAGCGAGCUACUCCGCAAGCAGAUACCAGCGGAGCUACAAACAGAAACACCCGCGAAGCUGGGUAACAAGGAAAGUAAAAUAUUAGGAUUAUUUUGGAACCCUCAAACUGGCGAACUCGGCUUUAAUACGAAAUUAUUAAGAGUACCUCAGGAGGUCAAGGAUCAACUUAGAGCCCCGACGAAGAGAGAAAUGCUCUCAGCUGUCAUGUCCAUAUAUGACCCAUUAGGCUUAUUAGCGCAUUAUACUAUAUCACCGAAAUGUGUAUUACAGAAAAUUUGGAGUAAGAAAAUCGAGUGGGACCAGCCGCUGCCACCGGAGGAUGUAGAAGCCUUCAACGCGUGGCUGAGGGCGAUGGACUCCGUCACAGCCUUAAGAAUACCCCGGUGCUACUUUGCAGUGGACACGAAGUCGACGAAACAGCUGCAUAUUUUUAUGGACGCAAGUACUCAGGCCUACGCGUGCGUCGCAUACUGGAGAUAUGAGGUAGAGUCAGAUUAUGUAAUUACUCUAAUCGGCGGACGGAGCAAGGUGUCCCCGACGAAGCAGCUGAGCGUCCCGAGGCUCGAAUUACAGGCAGCUCUUAUAGGCUCAAGGUUAAAGGAGACUAUACUGAAACAUCAUCGUUUCGACGUUGAAAAGGUCUGUAUGUGGACUGACAGCUCAACGGUUCUGCAUUGGGUGCGAAACGGCGCUAAACGCUACUCGAUGUACGUGGCAAACAGGCUAGGCGAGAUAGCAGAGCUCACUCGAACCCAUCAGUGGAGAUGGGUACCAACCAAAGUUAACCCGGCAGACGUGGCUAGUCGACCGGACAUGAAGCGUCAGGUACAUGCGCAUAGCCUUUGGUAUGAGGGACCAGACUUUUUGAGGCAGCCGGAGUCUGAAUGGCCUCAAGAACGUCCGGUAGAGGGCGACACUCGCCCUGUAGAGCCCGAAGGGCUAGAGGAGGUUUGCUGCGCUACACAAGUGGCGCCAUCUAUAAAUAAGGUCCCCAUACCCGACCCAGACAGAUUUUCUAACUAUGACAGGCUCUUAAAUGCAACAGCAAGGAUAUUCCAGUUUAUUGAACGCUUAAAAAAUAAAGCUUAUGUUGCAUUCCAGUUACACCAUCUGAAGAAAGCAGAGCACCUACUGUUCCAGUAUUCGCAGAAGCAAGCCUUCCCCGACGAGCUACUAAGGCUGUCACGAGGGGAGCCUAUACCGCCGAGCAGCCGGCUCUACGGCCUGGACCCGGUGCUAGAGGAGGAUGGACUGCUGAGGAUGCGUGGACGCAUCAACGCCGCACCGGUCCAGGGGCUGAACAAAAGGCCUAUCAUACUGGAUGGCAAAAUUAAGGUCAUAUUUUUACUUAUAUUACGAGCACAUCGGCGGAGUCAUCACGCGAACAACGAACGCGUAAUCAACGAUCUAAGGCAACUGUACUGGAUCCUACAUCUAAGGCCGUCAGUGCGCCGAGUAGCGUACGCAUGCAUGAUGUGUAAAAUUAGGAAGGCUAAACCCGAGGUCCCUGCGAUGGGUGAUCUACCAUCAGCACGAAUUACACCAUAUCAAAGGCCGUUUACCCACUCAGCAGUAGAUUUGUUUGGGCCAUUACACAUUACAAUAGGAAGGAGGCACGAAAAGAGAUGGGUGGCCCUAUUUACAUGUUUAACCACAAGAGCUGUGCAUUUAGAAGUUAUUUCAUCGCUUUCAGCGGACAGUGCUAUCAUGGCGUUGCGGCGGUUCGCAGCGCGAAGAGGAUGGCCGGCAGUCAUCUACAGUGACAACGGCACGAACUUCCGGGCGGCCGACAUCGAGCUACGCCGAGCCUUCGAGGAGUGGCUACCGCAGCUCGAGGAAUACGGGCUGCAACACGGGCUGCGCUGGCGAUUCAUACCACCCGGCGCGCCGAACCAAGGAGGAGCAUGGGAGCGGCUUGUACGCUCUGUCAAGACAGCACUUACAACUACACUACACGAGAGGGCGCCGAAGGAGGAAACGCUUCGAACUUUGCUGGCGGAGGUCGAAAAUACAGUCAACGCGCGACCUCUCACUCACGUGUCAGUCGACCCGAAAGACGAGGAGGCACUCACACCAGCUCACUUUCUUCUCGGAGGUUCCACGGGCCUACCCAUAACCGGUCAGUGCGAGGAGGCAGAUCGGCGAACCUGGCGCGCCACACUAGCGCUCGCCGACCAUUUCUGGCGAAGGUGGCUACGCGAGUAUUUGCCCCUACUCGCCCCACGACAGUCGCCGACCAACCAAGCGAGACCACACGCUACCACGGAACGUGUGGCCCAGAGGCAUCAUCACAGCGGUAUACCCUGGACCUGA